AUGCCCGUCGUCUCUGUGCUUUACAAGGGAGCCAUCAUCAUCAGCAGGACGCUCAUGGGACCGUACGGGAUGGAUCGAACCGUGCACUGCUUCGAUUUCUACGACUGUGCAAAUGGGCUGGGUAUUAAGGUAAUUGGUGGCAUCAAGGAACUCACUGGAGAAGAAUAUGGAGUUUAUGUCAAGAGGAUCCUUCCAGGGGGUGUCGCUUACGCGGACGGGCGCCUGCAGCCAGGAGACCAGAUCCUGGAGGUCAACGGAGAUUCCCUAAUUGGGGUUACAAGCGAGAGGGCCGUGGACAUCUUGAGGACAGCGUCGGCCACCAGCCACAUGCGCCUUCUUAUAGCCCGCGAUGACGACGCCAGGAGAGAGUUCUCUGAACUGCUGGAGAAGUUCGGCUCCCAGAGCAACACGGGCUCAGCACGGAGCUCGCCGGUCCUGCACGGCGGCAGUCGGUACCUGGAAAGUACAUCCUCGGGCUCCUCCUCGCGCUCUCAGAGCCCGCUGCUGCUGAGCCCUGCCAAUUCCCACGGCCCCUUCGUCGGGAACCCGGCGCACCCCCCUCACGCACACUACUCCAUUGAAUCAGGAAUCCAGAGCAUUUCUAUAGCAAAAUCCUCCGGCUUAGGGCUGACGAUCAGCGGUGGAUCUAACAGGCCUGAUGGCCCCAUGAUUUAUGUUCAAGAGCUUAUGCCAGAUGGUGACUGUUACAAGGAUGGUCGGCUCCGACCUGGUGACCAACUAAUCGCUAUCAAUAAAGAUUCUUUGGUGGGCAGCACACAUGAAGAGGCCAGAAAAAUAAUUGCAAAAGCCAAAUUAAGAAUAGACAUGAAAAUAAUUUUCCCGUGCCUUCUUUGUCACCGGACAUCUGCCCACCAGAGCUUACAGUCUCAGGUUCUGCAGUAUCUUGGUCUGGACGUGACCGAGGAGAAGAAGAGGCAGCUACGGCAAAGCUUGACCACGGACUCGCAGGGGACGGUGGCCUACGGAGACCUUCUCCAAGCACUCAGGGAUCUGAUGCAGGAGGAGCUGGACGAAGCUGGUCUGGAUUCCAGCUCCAUGCUCUUCACCCAGCACGAAGUGGCCAGUUUGCUGGAUACAUCGGCUUUUCACUCUCCGACCUUCGACUCGCUCAGCUGUAAUGGCAACGAGGAGCUGGAGCAGCUGCAGCUGGAGAUGAUGGAUCUGCGGCAAGAAGUCCGAAGGCUAAAGACUCUCCUGAAAGAGGUGGAGAACAGCAAGAAGUCAAUGGAAGACGAGCUUCAGAGGCUGAACCAGAAAGCCCUGGGCUUCCUCUCGGAGAACCGGACGCUGCACAGCAAGCUGCAGAUGGCCGAGGUGGUGCAGAGACAGGCUCACAGCGCGGAGCAGGACUAUGAGGAAGUGAUCCACUUGCUGGAAGCUGAAAUUGCAGAACUGAAGAUGCAGCUGGCGGGGAAGAAAGCAAAACAUGUCUCUGAAAUAGAGGAGGACAUCCUGGAACUGAAAAGACAGUUGUCCCUGGCUGACGGCCAGUUACGAAAAUCAGAAGUCUCACGGAAGCGCCUGGAGAUCUGCAAUAGGAAACUGCUCCUGUUUGUGCAG